AUGGAUGGGCCUUACGUAUGUCACCUCGCGUGGACGUUGGAUGUUGAGGCAGGCAACUUUCGCUCGAUCAUAUGGGGCCCGGUCAUAUGUAAGCUCGGGGUCACGGUCAUCCUCAACACGAGACAACGAAGGCAAACUUCGGGUCGUAAAAUCCUCAAAGUCCAAAAGUCCGCCUUGCCGCCGCCGCCAUUCAGCGACAAGGCGCUCCCAGACUCCGAAGCCAACUGA